AUGGUUACUCGUCAUGAUCUUGCCUAUGUUGUUCAUGUGGUUAGCCAGUUCAUCUCUGCUCUUCACUCUACACAUUGGGCUGCUUCGGUUCGGAUCCUUUGCUAUCUUUGGGGUACUAUAUUUCAGGGCUUACUGUUGUCUUCUACUUCCUCUUUGGACUUAGUGGCCUAUGUUGAUUCUAAUUGGGUUGGUGAUGUUACUGAUCGCAAGUCUAUUUCUGGUUUCUAUAUGUUUCUCGACAAUUCCUUGAUCUCUUGGAAAAGCAAGAAACAAACUAUUAUUACUCGCUCUACUGCCGAAACUGAGUACCGUAUUAUGGCUCAUGCUACUGCUGAGAUUGUCUGA